ACGCAACAUUCCAUUAACUCUACCAGCUUGAUUCCAUGGCCAUGUGAAUGAUUCAUGCUCAAGCUCAGGGGCAUAUCCGGGUUCGCUUAGGGGCCAUUUACGAGUCUCUUCCCUUGAUACUUCUUACACAAUGAGUCACCAACGCUAUCCGUCGAUAGAUCCUAAGGAACCUCAUUCCGUCUCCUUGAAGGUCCUCAGACUAUCUAGGCCCUCCCUCGUAGUCCAACACCCCCUACCAACACCUAUCUCCCUACCCGCAUCAGCCCAGCAGGAACCACCGAUCCCCGCCUCCCUCGCCUACAGCACAAACGGCGACACGAAUCCAGACCCCUUCCUCCUCGCCCCAAUCUUACAACUACCGCCCUCCUUCGGCUCCGCAUACGUCGGCGAGACAUUCAGCUGCACCCUCUGCGCCAACCACGAUGUCCCGCUCCCAGGCGAACUCCCCGCAGCCGCCGCGGCACCAGCCGGACCAAACUUAGCCCCGAUGAUGAGCCCGAUGAACCCGCCCAAGCGCAAAUUCACCCGCGACGUGCGCAUCGAGGCCGAGAUGAAAACGCCCGGGUCCAGCGCCGCGCUGAAAUUACCUCUGCUAGGCGCCGACGGCGUCGUCGAGAGCAACGCCGACACGGACGACGGCAAGAGCCAUAGUCAUAGUCAUCAUCAUUACCAUGGUGGUAGUAAAGGCAUAGACCUCGAGCCCGGCGACACGCUCCAGCGCAUCGUCAACUUCGACCUCAAGGAAGAAGGCAACCACGUGCUCGCCGUGACGGUCAGCUACUACGAAGCGACGGAGACGUCGGGGCGCACGCGCACCUUUAGGAAGCUGUACCAGUUCAUAUGUAAGGGGUCGCUGAUCGUGCGCACCAAAGUCGGGGCUUUGGUGCCGCCGCCGCCGCUGCCGUCGCAGUCGGAUGAUAUACGCGAAAAGAAGAAGAAGAAGGGAGGGGAUAGGCGGAAAUGGGUGAUGGAAGCGCAGCUCGAGAACUGCAGCGAGGACGUCAUGCAGCUGUCCCGCGUAGGUCUAGAUCUCGAGCCGGGGCUGCGAUAUCGAGAUUGCAAUUGGGAAGUCGCGGGUAGUGGGGGUGGGAAGCCGGUGCUACAUCCGGGAGAGGUGGAGCAGUGCUGCUUUGUGGUGGAGGAGGAGGAGGAGGAGGAGCCGGGAGCGGAUGGGACGAAGUUGGUUGUUGAUGAGGACGGGAGGAUAGUGUUUGGGGUGUUGGGGAUAGGCUGGCGGAGCGAGAUGGGGAAUAAGGGGUUCUUGUCUACGGGGAAGUUGAGCACGAGGAUUGUCAAGUGAGCGGGUUGGCUGGUUGGCUGGCUGGCUGGUUGUUGUCGAUGAAGUGACGAUGGCGACGAAAUGUGAGUGAAUCUAUUGUAGGUGUGACGUUUGAUGGUCACGACGAAGAGGGACUACGAUAUCUGGCCGUAGCGACCCGUGGGCUCUAGUAUUCGUAUCACUACAUAUAUAGUAUAGGUCACGACCGGUUAUCAGGGCGAUGUCUACGCGGUUUACGAGGUAUGAAACUUAUGGGUUGAACUACAUCGGGGAUCACGACAUAUCUGUGGUAGGGUGGUGUAGGAUAGGUGUGUCAUCGCCAUUCUAUCAGCACGCACCCGAAAGAUUUAUUGUCGUUGAUAACCGAUCAUAGCAUAAUUCGGGUCUUUGGGGUUGAGGUGAUCUCGGAAACUAAUAGUCUCUCCUAUAUUACCUAUCUGAGCAUCUUUACCCAAUUAACGAACAAGUAUUCCCAAUCGGUCCCUUCUAUAUAGGUAGAAUUACCGCCCCCAAGAGCCGUAUAACAGGGCAUAAUAUACUACGAUGCCAUAAAUAUCGUAGCGUAUUCGCGACGACAC